AUGGAUCUGCACAUCGAAAGCAUGCCGUCACUGUAUCCCCAAAUAAAUGCUUCUGGUUUAGCCGUGGAUCCCUUCCAAAUAGCACCAACAUUCCCGUGGUUGAACAACAAUGAUAUGUCUGAGCAAUCAGGAUCGAGCCAUGUCUCUGCAGAAAACACGAGCACGCCAACAACGAAUGUCUUGAGGAAUACUAACGGGACACCGUCACAGAACGGAAUGCUGUUGAACUCACCGGCUGUUCCCCCGAUGAUGCCUCCCGGAGUGCCUGUGCACAACAUGUCUCUAGCUUUGCUCACGGCAGCGGCGAUGAAUCAUCCUAGUGAUAGUGCAAAUAUGCUAGCGGGCAGAAUGAAGCUACCAUUACCGUCGAAGGAGAUGUCAGUCGCAAUUGUGUCUGCCCAGAAGGCACAACAAGAACCUGUGGAUCCGGAACAAGCUAAAAAGGAUAGAAAUUCGGCUGCCACAGCCAGAUUUCGGAAGAAACGGCGAGAAGAGCUAUUGGAGAUGGAGCAAAAGGCGGUGGAAGCAGCACAGAAGGAAGUCGGAUUGCAGGCCAAUCUAGAUAUCUUGCUGAGAGAGAAACAGUCGCUUCAGGACGAGUGGGAUGUGCUCAUGAGAACACCCAUCAGAUCUUGAUGCUCCAAAACAUCUUCUUGCUACACUCCAAAAUAUCUUCUUGCUACUGUUGCAUAUGCUAACAUUACAUAAGACGCGCGCCUUGAAAACUAAUGUCAUUGCUCCACCACGAUUACAAUAUCUGAAGACUGAUACUAUCUUGGCAUUGCUAAGAUUUGAAUUAGCAUGAUUGAAAUUCAUCAGCGAAAGUUUCAUCAUGGCACUAUACGUGUAUCCUUCAGACUUAUGUGACGGGGGCUCGCCAAGCUCAGUUCUCGUAACAGAAUAUAUUUAGUGUACGCCACCACCAUUCUCCAUCAAGAACCUUCUCAGCGAUUUUGAAUAUCGAGAUUGCGAUCUCUCCAGCCCUUUAACUACUACGAUCCAUUAAACCCAGUCUACAUGGCGUAAGUGUUGUGAUUGUGAGAAUUGACCAUUCGCGAUCACAGUUGCCGAGAGGGGUUGGAAAGUUGAUAGCAAUGCGGACCACGGCCUAGCAGACGAGUAAAUAAUAUACAAGGCACGCCACGCACGAUUGUCGCUUGUCGGGCUGAGACAUGAUGACUUUCUGGCUACCCAAACUCCGGUUUCGAACCACCAAAAAGGAGGAUUUCCUUGGAAUAGAAUCUAGUGCAUUUUUUAUGAACGCUCACUGGGAGCCAUACUCGUCACAGGAGAGUUGCAGUUAGGGUACAGCCGAAUUUGUGAUUUCGCCUUGUGAUUUCGCCUCGACGUUAUAUUUGCGUGGCGAUGCCGCCUGAACAUCUAAAGACUUCAAUAUCGCCACAAAUGAAUUGAUUCGUUCGGCAGCUAUCCGUUGCUUCUUAGCUGUUGAUAUGCUGGGUGCAGUUGAUAUAGCACUGCUAAUACUGAAUAUGGUCGAUCCCCGUGCGACCUUGCAGACAGUGAAUGCAACUAGCAAAGAGAGUAUACAAAAAGCUCCCCCUGGAGCUUCAACAACCUCCAGCGAUGGAAAGAGCUUCCUGUGCUGCGGCAGCCCAUCAGUCUUCCAAUAGAUGGAAGAAGUUCUGUCAAAUGCAUGCUGUGAGUGUCACAGCAUACACGGCAUGCAAAUGGGAUCAAACUUACUCAAACUCUUAAUGCGUAUUCAAAAGCACAUUUAAGCUAUUGAUGUUGGAGGUCACUCAACUGCGCGUGCCGUGUACCAAAGUAUGUUCUGCAAAUAAUGACGUGCGAAUAAUUGUUGGCGGUCGCUCUCACUGUUCACAGCGACACCGGUAAUUGGAUGACUAACUUUUCCUCCUGAUGUGACUUCGAUGUUCUUGGUGGAUUCUGCACCACUAUGGCAUUGCACCCAAUCUGCUUCGUCUGCGAGCAUUGCUGUCAUGUCUGGAAAACAAAACGGAUUGUUGGUAUGAGUACUCACCGAUUGUGGCUUUCGAGCGCCCAUCUGCAUGCGACCGUAUACACAGAAUGCUACGCG